AUGUGGCAAGUCGACUACGCCACGCCGCCCCCGCCUUUCACCGUCACUGUUGACGUUUGCGGCAAGCCGCUCCGCAUGGAAGUGGACAUGGGGGCAAGUGUCUCUGUCAUGGCCAAGUCGCGUCUUCUUAAACUUUUGCCUUCGGUUCCUGUGCAGCCGUCACAAGUGCUUCUGCGAAGCUAUUCCGAGGAACUAAAAAAGGUUCAGGGCAAAGCUGACGUGAGUGUGAAGUUUCAUGGCAGAGAGGCCGACCUACCUAUUUUUCUGACCGGAGAUGGAUCGCCCACUCUUCUUGGACGCAACUGGAUGCGUGAGCUGGGCAUUGGCGUCUCCGAUGUUGAAGUGAACAUCCACGCACUUUCUGACGUCAAACACCUAGUCCAAGACUACGCCGAAGUGUUUGAAGAAGGCCUGGGUACACUCAAGGGUGCUAAAGCUUCUCUACAUGUUCCUUCAGAUGCUCCGCCUCGGUUCUUCAAGCCACGUCCACUGCCGUACGCCUUGACAGAUGGAGUAACUCAAGAAAUCCAUAGACUAAGAAGAGAUUCCAUUCUUGUUCCAGUCAAGACAGCAAAGUGGGCUGCACCUAUUGUUCCUGUGACCAAAAGGAAUGGACGCAUCAGAAUCUGUGGAGACUUUGGUGUCACCAUAAACCCAGUGGCAACAGUGGAGCAGUACCCCAUUCCAAGGAUCGAGGACCUGUGGACUGUGCUUGCUGGAGGUGAGAAAUUCACAAAAUUGGAUUUGCGAGAUGCGUACCAGCAAGUUGUCCUUGACGAGGCCUCUAGGGAGUAUGUCACCAUUUCGACACAUAUGGGGUUAUUUCAGUACACCCGGUUGCCUUUUGGUGUCUCAUCUGCUCCUGCCAUAUUUCAGCGCGAGAUGGAGAACUUGUUCAGGGGACUGCCCCAUGUAGCAGUCUAUUUUGACGACAUUCUUGUGACUGGCGCAAAUAAUGCUGAGCACCUUCGCAACCUUCGUGCUGUACUUAGCAAGCUUCAGGAAUCGGGCCUCAAGCUGAAACUAGAAAAAUUCCAUUUCUUCGUGCCGCAAGUUGAGUAUCUCGGGCACAUCAUCAGCAAGGAAGGCCUUUCCCCGAAUCUUGACAAGGUAGCAGCCAUUCUGCAUGCUCCUGUGCCUCAGGAUGUCAGAGAACUUCAGAGUUUCUUGGGACUUGUAAACCUCUACAGGCGCUUCUUACCCAAUCUUUCGUCACUCCUUCGUCCACUGCACUUGCUUCUUUGUGAAGGGAAGAAGUGGGAGUAG